CCCCUCCGCCCAGAGGGGAGCGGCGGCCGGUCAGCCAGCAGCCGGUAGGCCAGCCCGGCCCCGCCGCAGCCGUCUGCCGGGAACGGCCCGGCCGAGCCCAGGCCGCUGCUCUCGCCUCCGCGUCGCCCGAGCCCGCUGCAGCGGCCCCGCCCGGCAGCUCUGGGCCCGGGGCUCCGGCCGGCCGUUCUGGGCGGCGGGGCGAGCUCUUCCCUGCUCCAGCCUCACUGCCUGCCUCUGCUCGCCUGGGCCUCCGCACCGCUGCAGGGCAGCAAAACUUGCUUCCAUGAUGUUUAAAAAGUGCUUUGGCAUCCCAGGCGCUUCCCGCGGUAGAAAGACCCACGUAGGAGCGUGGGCCCGGGCUAGUGUGGGUCGCUCUGGAGCCGGGAGGUGGCAGCGGAGAGGCGCCCGUGCUUCUGGGCGGGGGUUUAGGAAGCCGAUCAGAGGAGGCGGCACCAGAGAGCCGGGACGUCUGCUCCGCAGCUGUAGUGGGAGAGUUCUGGACUGUGUGAUUAUCCGCCUCUCUUACCCGACUAGGAUUGGAGUACAUGGAACUCUGGUGAUUAGACUGUUACUCACACUUGUCGUCAUGUUGGCAGAAGGCAUCUUAACUAGACUCAUCUAUAACGAAAGCUGUCAUCAAGAUAAGCCUCUCAAAUCUCAUGCAUCCAAAAAGGAUAAAGUGGAAAUCUGGAGACAGAAACUUUUAGACGACCCAAAAAUUAAAGGCUUUGCUGAUGGACAUAAAAAGCAGGAUGAGGUGUCUUCUAGACAUAGUAAAAUGGAACACAGAAGCAGUGCUCAGUGGAGAUCUGUAAAAGAGGUACCUGCAAAAGAUCAGAAAAUACUUGUUAAAGGAAUCGUAUCACCAGCUUUAUAUAUCCCCAAAAGAGAGCAAAAUACUGAACAGGUGGAUUUGUAUAGAUCCUGGUCAUGCAACAGCAUUUAUCAAAACUACCCUGACUUACAUAUUGGGGGAGAUCAUGUGGGGGACCAUAUGUGUGAUUCAGGUUGUGUUUUGGACCAAGUGUGUGAUGAACUUCCCAAUGGCCCCGUUCUGCUGUCCAUAGAUAUUCCCCUAGGUCAGUCCCCUCUCUCUGAGUAUCCCCAAAAGCCAAGUACAAAGUCCCUGUCUGGAGAUGAAGCUGGAGAAAGGAGUAUCAUGCUCUGCAAGGAGCCUCUGUCAAACUCCAUGCUCAACAAGUACAUGGAAACAAAAGUGGCAGAGCUCUAUAAACAGUUUUUUGAAGAAAACUUGACCAGGUGUGGUUCUGUAACAAACCUCCUCACUUGCAGUUUGCUAAGAAAUAACCUGAAUCAGAUAAGCUUUCAGAUAUCACAGGAGCAGAACAUAGAAACGUCAAAAGCAAGAGAAGUGCUUUUGCACUCUUUAGCUUUGUUUAGUUUGUGCAAUGCUACCAAUAGAAAUAGUUCUGAAUUUAGUACUCCAAACUUGCAAAUCUCAAACCCGGCAUGCAUGAAAAAGAGCUGGAGGAUGCAGUUUACAUCGUGAUUGAUCUACUUAGCUGGAGAGAUGAAUACGAUUCGGAUAUGAAUAUUUCACUCCAAGGAUUAUUUUGGCAAAUGAAAACAUUUACACAUUAUGCACUUUUUCAAAUAAGUAUUCUAAGGCUUAAACCAUACUUUGUCUUCAUUAACAGAGGAAGUAAAGGUCACUUUUUUUUUUUCUAAUACAGAAUUCAAAAUUAAUUUCUCUCUAAAAUACUAGUCAACCAUAUUUUUACAAUGUACAUGUCCUCCUUCGAAGACUCUGACUGUAUGAGUAAUUGUUGUCAUGUACCGUUGGAUUUACUCCUGCAAGAAAAAUUAGUCAAGAUGUGUACUGAUAAAACUUUGACUUAAGAGAUGGAUCCACCCAGCCAGUAAGAGAAUCAAACUGUCUUUGCUGGACUUUGGAUUGGGCUGUAUAGUGGAAGCCCAAGUUUUGGACAUUCAGGUUCAAAUUUUGCUCCUACAAAGUUUGAUCACAGUGGCUGAGAAAAUAUUUCUUUGGCUUGAAAAUCUUGUCAGCAGCUGGAGGUGUUCUGGACUCUGGAUUAUUUUGUAUGUAUUGUCAUACACAGGAAAUAUAUUGACGUGAUAUAUGAAUAAAGAUGAAUAUUAUUGCAUAUGUAUGUACUGCCUAGGUGGGGUACGUUAUAGUGAAAAUCUAGGUGAAAUAGUUGAUCAAGAUUGUAAAAGUAUUUGAUUUUCUGUAAAACAUGUUUUUCUUUUAAAUAAAUCCUUACCUCUGAUG